AAUUACUUUCCAUUUUUCCUCUAAGUAUAAUUUGCAUUAUUAACAAAUGAUUCUCUUACAUUAAACCCCCUUGUUUUUCGUCUUCUCUUGUAUCUGAGUGAUGUUAUAGAAAACCAUGAAAACAUCUAGUAAGCCUUUUCACAACUAUGGCAAAAGUAAAACUUGUCCCAACCUAUUGAUCAAGGGAUUGCCUUAUGUUUUUACCUCUUUAUUUUUAGCCUCUAUUCUUAGUUUCUUCUUCUUCCUUUAUUCUCCAAACUCUUUGAUUCUUGUCCCUAAACAAGGUCAUGACAUCAUUGAAAAUCCCUCCCAAAAACAAGAACAUCAACAUGCCAAUACAUCAACACUUCCACCAUGGAAAUCACAUAAGGAGGAGAAAACAUGUGACUUGUUUAAGGGUCAUUGGAUUAGAAGUAUAAGAGAUUCAUCUUAUUACACAAAUUCAAGUUGCACAACUAUUCCUGAUAGUAAAAAUUGUUUCAAGCAUGGAAGAAUGGACAAUGAUUUUCUCAAUUGGAAAUGGAAACCUGACCAAUGUGAUCUUCCAAUGUUUGACCCAAGAAUUUUCCUUCAAAUGGUUCGUGGCAAGAAAUUGGCUUUCAUUGGUGAUUCUGUGGCUAGGAACCAUAUGGAUUCCCUACUAUGUCUCUUGUCACAGGAGGAAACUCCACAAGAUAUAUACAAGGAUUCAGAAGAUAGGUACAGAAAAUUUUAUUUUCCUAAGUAUGAUUUCAACCUCAUAAUGGUAUGGAGCAGAUUCCUUGUACAAGGUGAAGAAAGAAUGGUAAAUGGAACAGGCACAGGCAUUUUUGAUUUGCAAUUAGACAAAGCAGAUGAAGAUUGGGCUAAUGUGUUACAUGAAUUGGACUAUGCAAUAAUCUCAGCUGCACAUUGGUUCUUCAGAUUAAUAUAUUUACAUGAAGGUGGAAAAUUAGUAGGGUGUAUUUAUUGCAAUGAACCAAAUGUGAAAAAUUAUGACGUAGAUAUGGCAUUAAGUUUAGUAUUUAAAACAUCAUUAAAACACAUUAAUAAUUGCAAGGAAUGUGAAAAGGGGAAACUUUUGACAAUUUUGAGGACUUUUGCACCGGCCCAUUUUGAGAAUGGUGUGUGGAAUACUGGAGGUCAUUGUAAUAGGACAAGUCCUAAAAAUGAAGGGGAUGUUGAUUUUGGUGCAUUUGAAUGGAAAUUAAGGAAUGUUCAAAUGGAAGAAUUUGAGAAUGCAAAAAGUGAAGGGAAAACAAGGUUUAAGGUUGUCGAUGUAACAAGGGCUAUGAUGAUGAGACCAGAUGGACAUCCAGGUGAACAUUGGGGUAAUAAAUGGAUGAAAGGAUAUAAUGAUUGUACUCAUUGGUGUUUGCCAGGUGCUAUUGAUGUUUGGAAUGAGUUGUUGUUGGCUACUCUUCAAAGAGAGGGUUAAGGGAUUAUGAGUUUUUUUUGGGAUCUGAGGCUCAAACUUUAUCACAUACAAAAAGAUGAUAAUACAUUUAUAUUUAUUUUUUAAAAUACCAAAUGUUAAUGUUGUUAUUUUGAAAAAGGGAAGUUUAACUCAUGAAAUAGGCAUUCAUUUUUUUAUCCGUA